AUGGCAAAGAACAUCGUGGUGAUCGGGGCUGGUGUUGCUGGAUUGACGACGGCCCUUCUUCUAUCAAAGAAAUCUGGCUAUAACAUCGUCGUUGCAGCGAAACAUAUGCCUGGCGACUAUGAUAUUGAAUACGCAUCACCAUGGGCUGGUGCAAACUAUAUGCCAGUGUCUAUCAGCGGAACUGAUGCUGCAGAAUGGGACAAAAAUACAUGGGGCCCACUUGAAGAUCUCGCGACAAACCACCCUGGAGCAGGUGUGCAUUUUCAAGAAUGUGAGAUACACAAUCGAGCGAAGGAUGUCGGAUCAGCGACGGCCAAUUGGUUCAAAGAGUUAUUAUCCCCCAACCCUUGGUUUGCCAGGGUUGUCCCAAACUUUCGGUCACUUCCAAAAGAGGCUCUUAGUCCAGGCAUAGACUCGGCUACAGUCUUUACCUCGGUAUGCAUCAAUACAGCAAUCUACCUCCCAUGGCUUGUUUCCCAAUGUCUGUCAAAUGGGGUAAUUUUCAAGCGAGGCGUGUUUGAUCACAUUCUCGAUGCUGCUGCUUCUGGAAUCCACCCGAACGGCCGUGUUGACCUAGUGGUCAACUGUACAGGUUUAAUGGCGUCUAAGCUAGGUGGAGUGCAGGACACUUCAGUGGUCCCUGCACGAGGACAAAUUGUUAUUGUCCGCAACGAUUCAGGGAAAAUGCUGGAUAUGUCUGGAACGGACGAUGGCGAUGAGGAAGCCUGCUAUGUCAUGACUCGAGCAGCCGGUGGAGGCACAAUCCUCGGCGGGUCUUACCAGAAGGGCAAUUGGGAAUCCCAACCCGAUCCAAAUCUAGCAAUCCGGAUCAUGAAGCGAGCUGUGAAGAUGUGCCCCGCGUUGACGAAUGGGAAAGGAAUUGAACAUCUGGAUAUAAUUCGUCAUGGAGUUGGGCUAAGACCUGUUCGAGAGGGCGGUACUCGGAUCGAAAAGGAAUUUAUUGGAGGAGUUUUGGUGGUUCACAACUAUGGUGCUGGGGGUGCUGGGUAUCAAUCCUCGUAUGGGUGCGCACAGGCCGCGGUCGACCUGAUUGAUCAAGCCUGGAAUGUCCAAGCCAAGUUAUGA